CUUCUAAGCCACCGUGCAGUCAGCCACGGGGGAUCUGGCCACCUCAACCUGUUGCCGGCUGGCUCUGCCCUACAUUUUAUUAACUUGCCAGUGUGUGGCUCACCAGAGGGGGAGGGAAAGCAAGACAGCGUCCCCAUGGGGAAUGCACGUGCCCCAGCCCUUCCCUACUUCUGCAUCCUGGCCCGCUGGGGAGUGCAUGCACAUGUGCCUGGCAUGUUUCUGAAGCCACAGUUCCAAGACUAGAAGCACUCAGUUGGCCACGGCAUAUUUGGCGCCCUAAACACCAGGCCACGAGGACGCCUUGGUGGAAAUAAGCUUUGUAGGUUGUGGUACGUUCUAGGGUAUCCGUGGUCCACUAUAUAAGCAGGUUAUAAUUUAAUACAUGUCAAUGCAUGUGCAUCUGCACCCAAUAGCCACAUGCGUGCACGCGUGCAUGCACACACACACCGUGACCUGCUCCUUCCACAGGCCUCACACGUGCACCCGAAGAGGGAAACAAGGCUUCUCUCUGUGCCACAGGCGGGGCGCUGGCUGUCUCUGUUCUGCCCAGGUGCCCUAGGGCCACCCGAGGAAUUCUCCGACUCUCUGGACCAGGCUUCCGCGCAGCGGCUUUCUGGGGAGUACCUGGCGCGGGCACCCCCUUCGGAGGCCGAAGCCCUGUACGAGACUGCUCCCGGCGAGAGCACCUUGAGCGAGCACGCUUCGAGCGAGCACGGGUCCGGAGAGCACGGGUCGGGCGAGCACGCCGUGGGGGAGCACGCGUCCGAUGAGCACGCUGUCGGGGAGCCAGCGUCGGACCAGCCUUCGGGCGAAAAGCCUUCGGGUGAGCACGCCCUGGCUGAGCACACGUCAGGCGAGAAUGGUGCCAGUGAGCCGGCUGCAGCGGAGCAGGCUGCGGGGGAGCCGGCUGCAGCGGAGCAGGCUGCGGGGGAGCCGGCCGCAGAACAGGUGUCACGCGAGCAGGCUGUGACGGAGAAGCCUUCAGGAGAACAGGCCUCAGGCGAGCAGCCUUCAGGGGCCCCGCCCUCCACUCUAGGCCCGGCAGUGAACUGCCACGUGUGCGCAUACAUGAGCGAGCAGGGCAAGUGCCUCCGCGGGGAGGGCGUGUGCACCACGGAGAACUCGCAGCAGUGCAUGCUGAAGAAGAUUUUCGAAGGUGGGAAGCUGCAGUUCAUGGUGCAGGGCUGUGAGAACAUGUGCCCAUCCAUGAACCUCUUCUCCCACGGGACCAGGAUGCAGAUUGCCUGCUGCCGGAACCAGUCUUUCUGUAACAGGGUCUAGACGCCCGUGCCCGCCCCCUGCCCACCCUGCGCUGGCUCAGCUCACGCCCAGCUCCCCCGCCCCUGCUCUCCAGCGCCUCCACCUCAACGUCCCUCACUUCUUCAAUAAAUCCCACGUGGUU